AUGAUUGCCUUUAAAAGUAAGGAUUGGUGUGGGCACAUUGGACACUCCCCCUACCUAGCACUCAUCGCAAAUGGGCAGUGGGGUGCCUUUCUGCAUGUCCAAGGCGUUGGAAAGUUUGAAGGAUCUGUCGGCAACGUGCAUAUUGAGAAUCGACCAGCUGAACACUAUGUGAGUAAUGUGGGUUGGAUCCCCAUAAUCUACGAUGGUUUGAAUCAAUAUCGCAUCUACAAGAGUGAAACUUGGGGUGGCUGCAUGUCAACUAUCUCAACUGGCAUUGGCACUUCCCCAAUAGUGGAAGCAAUACUCACAUUAGAAGAUGCCUGA